ACAUUUAAAGAUGAGAGGGGGGAAGAUAUGGAAAGACAGAUACACUGAAAAGAAAGACACUAUAUAAAAUUGCUUCGAAGUAUUAAAGGGAAAGGUGUGGUUACAGCACACAGCCACCGCAGAGUACCUGGGAGCAGAAAACAUCUUUAUUUCUGCUUUGCUAUGAAACCCGAAUUCCUCUAACAUAUACUAUAAUAAUCCCCCCAAGAUCUGGUUCCAAGCACUGCUGGCUGCCCCGGUUUUCUGCAAGUUUUUCCAGUCGAUGUUUCUUUCCUGCGGUUGCAGGUCUGCCUUACCACUUGGCAGAUUUGGAAAGCAGGAAGUACGCAGGGGAAACCACGUGUGUGACACGAAGAGGGGUGUGUGGCAAGGGCUUCGCUUUUGCUUUCGCAGGAAUCGCUGAAGGGAGAAUCUCUCCCACCCCUGGACCAACAGAGCGGCGGACCUGCGGGCAGUUGGAGCUUAGAGAGCCCCCGUGCCCGGGCACCGGCGGAGCGGGAGCUGAGCUGGCCGGCUGGGGGGACCCCUGUGGGAUGAAGCCUAGUGGAGUGCCUGCUUCCCGGUGAGCGCUCCGACCCUGGGCCGGCGUUAGUGUAAUCCCAGGCCGUUUCCCUGGGCCCCAUGGCUCCGGUUCGGAGUUGGGAAGCCGGAGUAAUAAUCCUGCACAUGCUGCUCCGUGCGGGCUGGGGAUCUUACGUGCUGCACGUGGAUGUUUCGCAGUUUGAAAGGCCCCUGAAGCACUUCUGGAAAAGCACGGGCUUCUGUCCUCCUCUACCUCACAGCAGAGCGGAUUUAUUUGACCUCAGUAAAGACCAAGAGCUGAACCUUGCCUAUGUGUCUUCGGUACCGCAUGGUGGCAUUGAACAAGUUCGAAUUCACUGGUUACUGGAACUCAUUACCGUUGGAGUGACAAAUGGAAAACUUCACUACAACUUUACCAGUCUGGAUAACUUGAUGGAUCUUCUCUGGAAAAACAAACUCAUUCCAGGAUUUGAAUUGAUGGGAAGCCCUUCAGGAUACUUUACAGAUUUUGAAGACAAAGAACAGGUUAUAAGAUGGAGGAGCCUAAUUGCACUUCUGGCCAAGAGAUACAUAGAUAGAUAUGGAUUGGAACAUGUUGCCAAAUGGAAUUUUGAAACUUGGAACGAGCCAGAUCACCAUGACUUCGAUAAUGUGUCAAUGAGUGUCAAAGGGUUUCUCAAUUAUUACGAUGCAUGCUCAGAAGGGUUAAGAGAAGCUAGUUCUUUACUGAAAUUUGGAGGCCCGGGAGAUUCUUUCCAUCCAUUCCCAAAGUCGCCCAUCUGCUGGAGUCUUCUACAUCACUGCUACAAUGGAACCAACUUCUUCACUGGAGCGACUGGUGUGAGGUUGGACUACAUAGCCCUACAUAAGAAGGGAGCUGGAAGUUCUCUUCACAUCUUAGAGCAAGAAACAGAAGCAAUGGAGCAAAUUCAGAAGUUGUUCCCAAAUUUCACCUCAGUUCCUGUAUACAAUGAUGAAGCAGACCCACUGGUUGGAUGGCCAGUUCCACAAACGUGGAGAGCUGAUGUGACCUAUGCAGCCAUGGUGGUGAAGGUAAUCAUCCAACAUCAAAACCUGCUCAUUUCCAAAGCUAACAACACUAUCAACUUCACUUUACUGAGUAACGACAAUGCCUUCAUGAACUACCAUCCCCAUUACUUCACCCAGAGGACACUGACUGCUCGAUUCCAGAUGAACAACACCAAGCCACCUCAUGUCCAGAUGGUGAGGAAGCCUGUGCUGACCGUAAUGGGAUUGCUGGCUCUGCUAGGUGAAAACCAAGUUUUUGCAGAUAUUACCAGCAAAGACGAAAGUGACAACACCGACAUUGUUGGAGUACUAGCCACCGUGCACAGUCCUACUGAGCUACAGCCGUCAGACAGCUGGCAGGCCACCGUACUGAUCUACGCUAGUGAUGACAACCGGACAUCCUCUAACAUCAGUGCUGUGACAGUGAACGUUACCCAUUUCCCCAGGCAUGCAGACCUUGUGUAUGUGACAUACUACCUGGACAACAACCUAACCAAUCCCUAUUUGGAGUGGAAGAAAGUAGGAAGCCCCGAUUUUCCUUCUGUAAAGAAAUUCCAACAAAUAAGAAAUGCCGAGGACCCGGUUGUGACCGGACCAUUCCCAUUUCCUGGGGAUGGCCGCCUGACCUUGAAACAGGAACUCCCACUUCCAUCAGUCUUCCUCAUCCAUGUCUGUGCAAGACCUCACUCUGUUCCCAAUCAAGUGACAGGUGUCCACUUGAUCCCUCUGAUAAAGGGGCAAGUUGCAGUACUUUGGGACGAUGACUGCGUGGAUUCGAAAUGUCUGAAAACAUUCGAAGUUGAGUUUUCAUCGGACGGAAAAGCAUACCGACGGAUUAAUGCCAGAGACACAAUCUUCACUCUGUGGAUCUACAGUCCAGGAACCACGGUCUCAGGCUUUUACAGAGUGCGUGCCGUCGACUACUGGACCAAGCCAGGCCUUUUCUCCAUUCCUGUGCAGUACACCGAAGCUCUCGCAUGAGUGCAAAACUGUCCAACAGCCAGAAGAGAAAUCUGCAGCUGUCUCCAGCGCGCAGCAGAGUGGGGUUAUGCUGCUGCAAACGAUAACCUUCUGAUGCAACUCCAGCCUCACUAGUAAGGGAAUUCGCGGGUUAGCCUACGGCACUGUACUCCUGUUCUCACUGCGAACUCUUUGGAGUUUGAAGACAUGUAUCAUCCCAAACAGUGUUUGAAAGUGAAGAAGAAAUAACUGUGCCUUGGCCUGGCCUCUUACAUGCUGGUGGAACUCAAGUGGUUGCAAUAGAGCUAGUCCGCCCGAAUGCUGGGGUAACAGGAGCCUGGUGUCGAUGUAUGGAGUCAGGGCCAACAACUCACGCCCUGGGCCUGGAGGACAGUGUUCUCCUGUGAGGGGAGGUGUGGCUGGGACUGAAUUUCCUCACCAGAUUUGCAGUACUGGUUGGACGUGGGAUGCUGGCCGGCUGGGCUGCUGCUGCUGCUGGGCCCAACGAGUGAACAGAACAGCCUCUUCUGCCCUUCUCUUCUCCCCGGAUCCCAGGGAUUAGUACAGUCCCCUGCCCCGGGGGAUUCUGGGAUUUCAGUGCAGUCUGUUGUCCCUCUAUAGCAGAGAGUACAACGUUCCUCACCCCUUUGUGCAGCAGCUUCCAGGCAGCCAUUUGCUCACUCUUGGGCCCUCGCCUGCAUGAGCAAAGUCCUUCUGCCUCAGGGGGCUGUGGGUACCUUGCCCCCGCCCAGCCGGGCAUCACCAGCACAGACCCUGGCCUCUUUCAUUCUCCCUUCUGCUCAGAAGGUACAAGCCACCUUCCCUCACUGGCUGUUCACCCCCACUAGUCUUCUCAGGCCUCGUCUCAGUCCCUUGCAGCAGGAAGCCCCAUAGCGCCAGCUCAGAGCUGGGUCUCUGGAGAGUAUCACCAGCCAGCAGCUGUUCUCAGCAGCUGUUCUCACCUCACCUUCCUUUACACUGCACUUUUAAAUCCUACUUCCCUCUUCCCAGCAGGCCUUGCUUCCUCCCAGUCACAUGCUCAUGCUGCAGACUACAACCCCCAGUGUGCCUUGUCUUAAACGAACCGAGGCCUUAUGACAGAAAUCCUGGGUCCUGGCUACCCUCAUGGCCAACAAAAUGUUUGUUAGAGAGGCUCCAGUUAGAGGCUUUUAUAAAUUUAUCAAAUUUGAACAUUACAUGCUUUUGUAUGUGACAGAUGGCUGGAAAUGGACAUGUUUUUAAACUAGAAAAUCUACACUUGGGAAUGGUGUAUUUUGCAGUAUUUUACAGCAGAUUAUAGCCUCACACAAAACAAAGGAGUAAUGAAUAUUGAGCUUAUAUGAAUGCACAGCUGGGCAAUAUUUGUCAGAUUAAAUUUUUUCACCAAAAAUGGGUAUUUGGGGUGAACAAAACAUCGCAUGAAUUCAUGUCAAAUUUGCCAGAUUGUUUUGGUCAGAAAAGAAAACAAAAAAAGAAACAAAAACUGAACCUAUUACAAAACAAAACAUUCUGACUCGGAUUCGAAGCAACUUUGUUCUGAAUUUUGCUUCAGUUUUAUUUUAAAAGGUAAAAACUCCAACAAAACAAAGUGUAGUUUGACCUUGAUCUGAAAGAUUGUGGCCCCCAAUCUGAAAAAUCUGCUACUUUGCACAGUUCUAGGUGAGAUCUCUGUGCACUUGCUAAUGACUAUUUCAUAACUCAAAGCACUUUGUGGGUUUAAUCUAGUCCCUCAUAAUUGGAGCACUUUGUAUUGUGUUUUUAAAGUACUCAGAAAGGGAAAGAUCACUGCAGUGAAAAGAGCUAGGCUAUUUUACAAUGGAGGAACAAGCCUCUGUUAUGAACACAUUCUCUGUGAUGAUAUAAAAUACCUCACCAGUAUAACAAAGUAUGCAUACUUGAAUUGCAAUAUGAAAUCAGCUGUACAGUAAGAUGGAGGAAGCAUUUGGCAUUGUGGAUUCAAAGGCUAUUGGUCCACAUUUGAGUGUCAGGACUGUGUCACUGCCAUCAGCAAUCCCCCCCCCCUCCCACCAAUAUGUGUUUUGUUCCACUAGCCUCAUUGAUUAUAGCCCUAGGGAACAACCACUAAGAUAGUUAAGAGCAGCGGUCAUGUACUCCUUGUACACAGUAGGUUGCAGAGCUACGAUUCCUGUACAAGAUAUGGACUAGCUAUAGCACUUUCACCGUUGAGCGAGAUACCAGAAAUGUGUUCUCUUAAGUAUACAAUGCACUGCCAGGUCUGGCUGUUCCCAGCUCAGGAAAGGCAUGUUACACAGGAGACCACCUAGUGGCUGAACAUUAUAAUACCGUGUAAACAUUCCAUCGCCGUAGAGCUCAGUAAUUCAGAGGAACAUACACUAUAGGGAUGUUGUACGUGUUCCCAUACAGAUCAUCAAAACCAGAAAAGACAGUUACCGUUAAACUUAAAAGACAUCCAACAAUGUUAAUGCAUAGAAAUGCAGAGCUAAGGCCCCUUAAUUCUGCAUUCUGAAGUGAGACCUUGCAGGGCCCCAAGCACGUACCUUAAUCAAGGUAGGUAUUUGCCAUGGUUUCUGCUGAAGGAGAAUUUAAGUUAAGAAUGGGGGGGAGCUGACACUCAAAAUACUCAAGUGUAGCUCACGCCCAAGAGUUCAGUGAGUUAACACUAUGAGACGCUAGAAGAAUCUAAUGGGGCAAAAUUAGAGUUGAGUUGUUGUCCUAACUAUGCACUUCCAUUCCUUAAAAUACUCCUGCCUCUUCCUUCUUGCCGUACACUUCUGUGUGCAUACAACCCAAAUCCCUCCCCCUCCUGCACCUCUAGCUAUACCUACGUACACCCAAAUAUCCCCCCUCCUGCCUGUAUGACCACAGGAGGAGCUCUGGUGUAAUGAGAAGCUUUUGGAAAGGUACGUUAUGAUAAGUUGCCAUUAUUUUCCAUAACUGAAAGUUUGUCAUGAAGAAAGGCCCACUUUCCGAAUGGCCAUUCAUUGUUCUCAGCAAGAGCAAAGCAACAUCUGUCUUGAGGGAGGUAGGGGACGGGGGUGGUGGUGGGGGAACGGUGACGGGACAGGGCCCUUUGCCGUGGCAGGUUGGCAGCUCUGUGCUGAUGAAAUGGCAGCACUUGUAAAGAGGGCAGUUCACUCUCAGCCUCUGCUGACCAAGAAAUAGAAUUCUAGGAGCUUGGCACAGAUGGAGCAGCUAACACUCCUCAGACUACUCUACUUCAAUGGGCAAGGGUCUUUCAAAUCCUUAGCUAAAUGCCAUUGCAGGCGAAUAAUGCAUAGGCUGGUUCAGUGUUUAUAGGAAGGCUGGCUUAGCCAGUGAAUUCCAUAGGGUGGUUUUUUCUUUAGAAGUUCUGUAAUAAUGAAACUAUUAUGAUGUUCCCGUAAGGAUCCAUCAUCAGCUCCCACUCUUUGAAAUUCUAUCCUGAACUGUUACUCUAGUAUUUCCUCCCUCCUAUACAAUGCUAUGAGCUAUAGUGAAUUUCACCUCCCCUAGUGCUUCCUGGCUUAAAGACAUGGGGGAUUCCAGGAGCGCUGAGCAUCCACAGCCCUACAUCAGAGUUGCAGGUGUUUAGCAGCUCUGAAAGCUCAGGCUUGGGGUUACCAUACAUCAAACAUACUGGUGUAGCUUUUGCUGCAUGGAAAAUUUCAGCCUAAGUGGCUAAAAUCUAAAAGCACUGAAAACAGGCUAUUAUAAUGGGCAGUGUCCAGCAACCUUCACCACAGGCAUUCCUACCCACUCUUCCUGUAACGCUUUUCAUUAUCUAGGCCCCUGCUGGGAAAGCCCUGAGCCCCCAGGAUGGUGGCACCCUUAUUCCACCCUCCUCAGGGCCUCAGUGACUCACCAUAAGAGCAGUGGGUCCGAGGUUCUUUGUGCACAGAGCCUUCACCUAUGACAGACAACCACUGUGAUUUCUAGGACAUCCUGGUUUACCGUGAGGGGAUAUCAAAGGCAAUAGAGAAUGAUAAACAAUGUUUGAGUCUUGUAAAGGAUAGGGAUAAAUUAAAAGACUAGAAAGGGAAUUGGCUCCAGGAUGUCAAAUAACUGACCCAUCGCACUGCACUCUGAAACAUGCCCACUAACAAUAAUGCACAUGCUCCCAGUCUUCCCCCCCGCCCCCCCCCGGCUUAGCUGGAUGUGAAGGGUGAGAGUCCCUUGCUGGGACAGUGACAGACCUUGCUUCUGGCUGCAACGGGCCCCUGGUGCCUUCAAGUCCUGGCCCCUGGCAUAGGAGGUCUGCAGGGCACACCGGUGCAGUGGAGCGUUGGGGCUCAGUUGCUGUCAUGGAGCUGGGAGAUGUAAGUAAUGCCAGGCACCGGGCUAAACACUUUGUACUCUCUCCCUGUCUGCUGAGGUCAUUCAGUGUUGGCGGGAUUGUUUAUCUGCUUAGCAGAUUUGUUAAUAAAGGGACUUGUGAUAAAUUGCAGUUGUUUCUCCAGUGCCCCUUGGGUCUCUUAUUCUAAUACCAUUGGUAAUAAUUUUCCAGGUGCCGUAGCUGUUUAGGAGACUGAACUCUUACCAACCACUGGAGUCUAAGAAAUUAAUCAAUACUCAAUACACCAAUUGGGCUACACCCAGGUCCUAAUUUUGUAUAAGCAUUAAAGAUCCCAGUUUUCCAGAAGGUGGCAUAUUGGUCCAAGAGUCUUCAUCAAAAGCUAACCUUCCUUUGGUUAAGACUUUAGCUUGUCUGAUCAAUUGAGAUGGAGUCCUAAGUUGACCGAACUCAUCCCUGACACUACCUUAGAGGACAGAGAGGCGAUAAAUCAUUCCACUGACUACUGCAUUAGUCCAGUGUGACCGGAUGGACUGCGUAUGUUUAUUCAGAACACGUGACAGUAGUUUACAUACAGGUUACUAGUGUGUAUCUAAAUUGUUUUCCGGUCGGGAGUAUCUAUGCAUUUCCUACUCCACUUCAGGUUCUGCCCAUGGCUUUAAACAUGAGCUUUAGCAAUCUUUCUCCCCUUCCUGACCAUUGAAGACUCUCUUGGAAAGGCAGUGAGCAAACUGUGCUAGCCUCAACUAGCAUACUUCUGUUACAGCUAAAUAUCAGGGGCAAUGCAGAGUAGGGACUUGGUGAGAACAAACCACUUACCCUUUAGGGAGAGCUCACCACAUUCCUGGCGCACUGUCCACACUCAAGCUAGAAGAGCCUUUAACAGGCAUUUAUAUGCUAUUUGCAACCAAACUUUUCCCCAAUUGUUCCCAAAUGCCAGCAAACUGAAAAGUCAGUCAUUUGCCAAGCGCUCAGCAGUGCCAGUGUCUUAUCAUGCACUUUGGUUUGGCUGCAGUCUUAUCCCAAGUAAUGACUAAUCACAGAAAGAUGCCCUUGCUACAGGGUUGCAUGAGUCAGCAUAACGCGGUAUAUCAAGUCAGUGGGUUUAGUUUUCUUGCUGAAAACCACUAACAUCUGAGGAUCAGUCAUGUCCCAUGGAAAGGGAAUUGUGUGACUGAGAAAUGCCUUUUCAAGUCCUCCCCCACAUCUUCCUAAGAGGAACGGUCUACUACCAUUACUUCUCUGACUCUCUGCACAGACAAAAGCAACUCCUGGGCACAAAACCUAUUGUUCCUCAGAUGAUGAGACAGGAGGGUGGAGGAAAGUGGUGGGAAGAAUUUUCAUACCUAUUGUUAGGACUAAUAGCCAGGAGCUUGGAUCAAGCAGCUGCACAGGGCUUUGAUGAGGCUGAGCUUGUUCAACCCUUAAGGGGAACCAGGGAUUCAGUAUUCCAAGCUUUUAGAAAGCCAGCCUCUUGUGUGAUCCUCUAUUGUGUUCUUAGUUUGAAGUUGUUUGAUGCCAGUUGUCUGACUAGAAACAGCCAUCACAAUGGGGCACCAACCCCAAUUGGAAAAUUUCAGCACUAAUAGUUACUAGCAGUAAAUAUUCUACCAUAUUAACUUGGAAUGAGAGGAUCACACUUUAUCAAUCUUGCAUCAGACUUCUUGUCCCACCAGGCUUUGUUACUUAAAAAUUAAGGUUAAAUGAGGCUAGGUUAAAUGAGACAGGCAGUAGAUAGCAAAAUUCAUGUUUAGAGGUUUUUU